CACAAGGAAACAUGGCGGCAGUAGCUGUGGUGGAAACCCCUUCGGGCAAAGAUGUCUUAGCCGAAGGUCUGUUUGACCUCUUGCAACCUGCAGUCCAGCAGCUCGAUUUACAUGUGCACUCAGUAAGGGAGAGCCAAGUGGGGCUUCGGGAACAUAUUGACAAUUUGGCUACAGAAUUGUGUAGAAUCAAUGAACACCAGAAGGUGGCGCUAGACCUAGACCCAUAUGUCAAGAAACUGCUGAAUGCGCGACGUAGAGUGGUACUGGUCAACAACAUUCUUCAGAAUGCGCAGGAGCGUUUGCGGCGGCUCAACCACAACGUUGCCAAGGAAACGGCACGCAGGAAGACCAUGCUUGAGACGUCGGGUGCAUUCACACCUCGUUCUCCCAGCAAGCCUUGAUGCGGUUCAUCUUCUCACCUCCAUAGACUGAGAUUGCACCCUAAUACCCUUUCUUGAGUUUGUAAGCCCCCAGCAGCAGGCUCCCGUGGAGCACGGUGUGACAUAAAUCAACCACAAGAGGGCGGCAGACACAAAGAAUUCUGACCAUGGGCUGUGUCACUGUUAAAAAAACUCACCCAUGUGCUUGCUGGUUGCCCGGGUAGCGCAUGUGUGGCUGUGACAUGGUGAUCUAUUUUGAAACAGUGACAUAGCUGUUUUAAAAUGUAUUUCCAUGACCUUAGAAUUAGCAAUGUUAAACUUCAUCAUUUGGGAUAUUGUAUUUUGCCACAAGAGGGAGUUGUGAACAACUAAAUGUUGUAGAAAUGGGUAUUUGUGUUUUUUUGGCAGCUUGAUUAAUAAUGCUGAUUAACUUUAAUUUAAUUCAGGAUGUGCAUGCAUGAUGUACCUUUUUUUUUCCUAAGCCAGUGUGAUCUGUGACCCAUGUGUGUGGAACAGUCUUACAUUAAACACUGUCUCAGUUUGUAGAGAUUCUUUAACAAUGACAUUUUUGUAUGUUGCAGUCUGCUGAAACAGUGCGAAGACUCACCCAGUUGUUGUUGUGUGUGUUUCUGGGCAGUGCUCCACCAGAGUGUUUGUUCUCUGUUGUUUGGUUUGCUUUCCAAGCUGCCGUCUCGCUCUCCAGCUCCACAUUGAUGACUUAUUAGUCAUCCUCGUCGUUUGUUUCCUCUGUGUCGUCACGCUCUCAAACACGCCCAUCUCCAACCCCAACUGCAGCGCAGAUCUUGUUGUUGAAGGUGUUCAAGUAUACGUGUCAGUCAGGUUGGAAAGGAUCAAUGGAGGAUAAAUGAGCAGUGAUACAAAUAUUGCACAAUAAAAGUAUUUCAUGACCUUGAACCUAUAAAA